AUGGCUAUCACCAAGUACAAGGCUGCCGCUGUCACCUCCGAGCCUGGAUGGUUCGAUCUCGAGGGUGGUGUCCGAAAGACCAUUGACUUCAUCAACGAGGCUGGACAGGCCGGCUGCAAGCUGGUUGCCUUCCCCGAAGUUUGGAUCCCUGGCUACCCCUACUGGAUGUGGAAGGUCACCUACAUGCAGUCUCUCCCCAUGCUGAAGCGUUACCGUGAGAACUCCAUGGCUGUCGACUCCGAGGAGAUGCGCCGUAUCCGCCGAGCUGCACGUGACAACCAGAUCUACGUCUCUCUUGGUUUCUCUGAGAUCGACCACGCCACUCUUUACCUCUCUCAAGUCCUCAUCGCCCCUGAUGGCAACGUCAUUAACCACCGACGCAAGAUCAAGCCCACUCACGUCGAGAAGCUUGUCUACGGUGACGGCUCCGGUGACACCUUCAAGUCUGUCAGCGAGACCAGCAUUGGCCGCGUCGGUCAGCUUAACUGCUGGGAGAACAUGAACCCUUUCCUCAAGUGCCUUAACGUCUCUGCUGGAGAGCAAGUUCACAUUGCCGCCUGGCCUGUCUACCCCGGCAAGGAGCGCCAGGUUUACCCUGACCCUGCCACCAACUACGCUGAUCCUGCCUCUGACUUGGUCACUCCGGAGUACGCCAUCGAGACCGGAACAUGGACUCUUGCUCCUUUCCAGCGUCUCUCCGUCGAGGGUCUGAAGAUCAACACUCCCGAGGGUGUCGAGCCCGAGACCGAUCCUUCUGUCUACAACGGCCACGCCCGUAUCUACCGACCUGACGGCAGCCUCGUUGUCAAGCCCGAGAAGGACUUCGACGGUCUUCUGUUCGUCGACAUCGACCUGAACGAGACUCACCUUACCAAGGUCCUCGCUGACUUCGCCGGUCACUACAUGCGCCCUGAUCUUAUCCGACUCCUUGUCGACACCCGCCGCAAGGAGCUUAUCACCGAGGUUGAUUCCAACGGCGGCAUUGCUACAUACAGCACCCGCACCCGCCUUGGUCUGGACAAGCCUCUGGAUGGAGAGAAGAAGCCUGAGCAGGAAUCCCCUGAGGCGGUCUAA